AUGUCACUCACUGCUCAGCCUGCUUCCAGCAGAUCUCCACUCCAAAAUUCAGAUGCAAGUUAUCAGCAAUGGGUUUGACAGAGUGAAUAGGCUGUUGUUUUAGGGUAUCUCUUCAAUCCUGGGACCUACUUAGUAAUGAUAGACAUGAAGACCUCUGAAAGAAGACAUGGAACCUAUGUGCCUAGUGAGUAUCAGUGGCUGGUAGACAAGAUGAUGUAAUAGACAGAAGGACUAUGAGUGAGGGUGUGUUGGAGGCAGAGAAACCAGAGACAUCCAAGCCAGCAAGAAAAUCUGGAGAAAUGUGUGUUGGAUAGACAGACUUGUGCUGCAGUUGAGAAUAUGGACACUAUAGAGAGCUGCUGUUUCAUGUGCUAAAAUAUGACUAGCAAUAUUCCAGUCUCUGCGUGCUAAUUCACUUAUUCCUCACGACAGACUCAUGAGAUGAACAUUUUGUUUCUUGAAAAAUAUUCUCCUGGGCCAGGGAGAUGUCUGAAUGGACAAGAGCAUACACAGAAGACCUGAGUUCAGUUUCCUUCUUAGGAACUCACAGCUUCUUGCCACUCUAGCUCCAGGAGAUCUGAUGCCCUCUUCUGGCCUCUAUGGGCACUGCACUCAAGGGCAGGCUCAGGUUCCUGCUUUGCAGAAGAAACUGCCAGAUAUUCUACAGGACACAGAGAGAAGCAACUAAGAAACUCUAGGCCUAUAGGCUGAAGAAAGAUGCCCAACAUUUCAGAGGAACUUUGAAUGACUAUACAGGCAAGCAGCUGUCUCUGUCAUUUCCAGAAUUUUUAGAAGUUGCUUAAAAUGGUACUUCCUAUUUACUUAGGUGAUAUUCUCACACCUUGGCUCACAGACCAUCAGAGCUGUCCAGAUAUUAAAGGACCUUUCAUUGCUGGAGCUCCAAAGAAGAUCAGGAGCACCAUUCGCAGACAUAACAAUGCCACUCUUCUGACCCAAGAGCAGUUCCAACUUUUAAGCUCUCUGGAGAAUAUUUACAUCAAUAAUAACAUUCCCUGGAAAUCUUACCUUGAACUGAAGACCUAUCAGAUAAAAGCAGAAGUCCUGCUAAAUCAAGGCCUCACAGAGGAAGCUCUUGUGAUGUAUCACAAAUUUUCAACACUCUUUAUGGAGAAACUCAGAAAAGGCCCGAAUAAGUGUCUUUCAGCUCGAAUAAGAUCCAAAAUCAACAAGACUAUAAAUAACAUUUUUGAAAAAUUUGAGAGCCUUAAAUUCACACUCCGAAGAAAUCAUACUAAGGAGUAUGAAGGCUACCUAGAUAAGAUGAAAAGAAAAGAGGAAGAGGCAAAAAACAAGGGGUUCGGGAAGCAUAGAAAAUAUCAUAGACGAAACUCCCGAGACUUCCCCAAAUUCAACUCUCUUCUACAAAGACUUAUGAGUCGUGGAAAGGUGGGCCCCAGCCUGACACCAACAUCUACAAAGUCUGAAGAGCCUUCAGGAGGAAGCACACCUGUGAAACAAACAGUGGUGUGUGGCCCACAGGAAGCCAUCGAGGAGAUAACCCCCACCCCUUCAGCAGACACUCCUGGGGAGACUAAGGUGGCGAAAAGCCCAGUUCCGAACUCCAAAGGCCUCCGCCCUGUGAUCCUUCCAAAAGACUUAUGGGAUAGGUUCCUGCUUUCUGCGAAAAACAACACCAAAAAAGGAGUGGAAACAUGCGGAGUCUUAUGUGGUACCCUGGAAAAGGAAGAAUACCACAUCAGUCAUGUUAUAAUCCCUGUGCAGAAGGGAAAGUCUAAUUACUGUUGUAUGGAGAACGAGGAGGAUCUCCUUUUUGUUCAAGAAGAGCUGGGGCUUCUCACCUUAGGUUGGAUUCAUACCCAUCCAACCCAGACAGCCUUCUUGUCGAGUGUGGAUUUACACACUCAUUUUUGUUACCAGAAGAUGCUCCCAGAAUCCAUUGCAGUGGUGUGUGCACCCAAGUAUAAACAAGUCGGAAUUUUUACAUUAACAUCUUAUGGAUUAAAAGUAAUAGAAUUCUGUCCCAAGAGAGGAUUUCAUUCUCAUAAUCAGGACUCAGCUCUCUUCUGUGACUGCAGUCACGUCACCAUCCAAAACAGCCUGGUGACUGUCACAGAUUUGCGAUGAGUUAAAUCCCACACACCUACAUCAGUGGGAGCCUGUGUGUGUGUGUGUGUGUGUGUGUGUGUGUGUGUGUAUUGUGCGUGUGUAUUUUGUUUAUAUGUGAGUGAAUGUAGGAUGGUGUAUGUGUAUAUGUAUAUGUGUUCAAUCUAUGUUGUGUAUGUUACAUCUGUUUCAUGUAUGUUACAUCUUUGUCAUGUAUGUUCACUGGUGUGUAUGAAUGGCACACUAUACUCAUUCACAGAGCCCAGAGGAAGACACUGAUGUGUGCUCUAUUAAUGAAUUAGAAUAGUAUAUCAGUCAUUCAUAAUGACUAGAAAUUGAUUUUAUUAUAUAGUUUACUUGUUAUUAGUUUUAGAUGAUAUUUUCUGGCCAGGAUCCAGUAUAGGAGUAAGGGCCCAAUGCACGCACUUGCUGGCUUGCCUCACCUGCCUCAGGGAGCCUAGAGGACAGGUUGUAAUGCCAACGCUCACUGUCCUGAAGACAGUCCUCCUGAGUGACCACUCUGGCUACAACACAACUCUAAAGGAUGUUUGGCCAAGAGAGAGAAGUCUACUUACCUAAAAAGCUUGUUUUGAAGUAUGUAAAGUUCCCUAGCUGUGAUGAACUCACCACUGAAGCUAAUGCUUACAGCAAACUGCAAAUAAAAAUGCUGUCCUGCACAAGGGAUGCUGAGACAAAUUCACUGCCAGUGACAGUCUGGCCAAAGCAGCUCACAUGAACUGUGCUCGGGCGCACACUCUCUGCUCACAUUGGCCCUGUCUAGAAAUUUCCCAUAAAUUUCACAGAAACUUGUAUUUUCUUUAUAUAAGUGUGUUUUGAAACAGAUUUGUAGUUUCUUAAAAAUUCUAUUUAGUUCUGUAAUUAAAGUUGAGUUUCGUGUCAA